GAGGCUUUGCGAGCUUUGAAACACAGGCACUGUUUGUUUUUCUCACUUCUCGAACUCUGAGCUUGGGCUAAGCUCUCUCAUUGCCGCCACAAAAAUUUUAACUGAAGCUUUUUGUGCUCAAAAGCCUAGGGUUUUGUUUUGGUUUUGAGCCAAACCAACUCGAUGGAAGCCGCUGUUGUCGACGCCGGCUCCAAGUUCCUCAAAGCUGGACCCGCAAUUCCCGAUCAGGCUCCAUCCAUGAUGAUUCCCACUCAAAUGAAACGCAUGCUUGAAGAUGGGUCAAUGGCCGAUAAUUCAUUGUGUGAAGAUAUUACUGUCGAUCCAGUUGUGCGAGGUUUUAUUAGAGACUGGGAUGCUAUGGAAGAUUUGCUGCACCAUGUUCUGUAUACCGGCCUUGGAUGGGAGAUAGGGAAUGAAGGACAAAUAUUAUUUACAGAUCCGCUUUCUACCCCAAGAGAACAGUUGGUGCAGCUGAUGUUUGAAACAUUUAACAUCUCAGGCUUUUAUGCAUCAGAGCAAGCAGUAUUAUCACUCUAUGCAGUAGGACGUAUCUCGGGUUGCACUGUCGAUAUUGGUCAUGGAAAGAUAGAUAUUGCACCCGUAAUUGAAGGUGCUGUUCAGCACAUUGCCUCUAGAAGAUUUGAAAUUGGAGGUAUUGAUUUGACGAAGUUACUUGCUCAAGAGCUUGGAAAAUCUAAUCCGCUAGUAAAUAUCAGCAUGUCUGAUGUUGAGAAAGUGAAAGAGCUAUACUCAUGUUGUGCUGAAGAUGAACUUGCUUAUGAGAAGACCAAAAAUUCAUGCCAGAUAGAGAAGCAUACCCUUCCGGAUGGACAGGUGAUAACAAUUGGGAGAGAAAAAUAUACUGUUGGUGAGGCUUUAUUUCAACCAUCUCUACUGAGUUUAGACGCACAUGGAAUUGUUGAGCAGCUAGUUCGUAGUAUCUCAACAGUGUCAUCUGAUAACCACCGGCAGCUGCUUGAAAACACAGUACUUUGUGGUGGCACUGCUUCUAUGCCUGGUUUUGAAGAAAGGUUUCAGAAAGAAGCUAGCCUGUGCUCAUCUGCCAUUCGUCCUGCUCUAGUUAAGCCUCCAGAAUAUAUGCCUGAGAAUUUGACAAUGUAUUCGGCAUGGGUGGGCGGUGCAAUACUUGCCAAAGUUGUCUUUCCCCAAAAUCAACAUGUAACCAAGGCGGACUAUGAUGAAACUGGACCUUCCAUUGUUCACAGGAAAUGUUUCUGACGAUGUUCCUCCGAAAAAUUUCUCAAAGUGUUUAGUAGGUUCAUCAUGCCUCCUUUUGUAUUAUAAUAGCCAAUGUCUAUGGUAGAAGAAAGCCAAAACUGAAUUCUAGAUGCAGAAAAAGUCUCCAUAACUUACAUGAUCUAACACAUUGUAGUUCAUCUGGUUCACCCAAUUUAAAGGGUUGACUUCUUUUAUCAA